AAUCGAAUCGUUUGUCUAUCCAUAAAUAUCGCCAUUAAAUAUUGGUAACCAAUUGUUUAACCGGUGCGCGUGUCCGGUAUGCCAUACUCUUUGCAGCAACAAACAAACAAACAAACAAAAAAGGCUCCAUGAUAUGGUCAUGCUCUUUUAUUGGGUACUUGAUUUGCGGAUAAGAUCCAUCAACACGCAUUCCCGAUUCUUCUUCUUUUUUCAAUGAGGGUAGUGUAUAUGAAGUAGAGCAAAUGUAGAAAAUAGUGACAAGAAAAAAAUCGUAUCAGUGAAUGGUAGUAGUAUUGAAUCACGGCUAUUUUUCAAACGGCAGAAGUACAUUAUACGAGAUGAGAUGACCACCAUAAUGAAUGGACCACAAUAUCAGACCAACCACUUCGAUGCUUUCAUCAUCACCAUCAUCUUCAAUGAAUGAAUAGAUGAAUUUCUUCAAGUUGAACGUUUAUAUACCGAACCAACACUAACCAGCCGACCGACCACAUUGAUAUAUGAUGAUGAUCAACAUUUAUCCAUUCAUCCAUUAUCGUCUAUUCUUCUUCCUCCGCAUCGGACACGAGUCGGACAGUUUGGAUUCGAUUCAAAUUCCAAAGAGGUGGUAGAAAGUUUCUUUGCUGUGUGUGUGUUUGUGUGUUUGUUUGUUGUGGCAUUCAUUCAUUCAUUCAUUCAUUCAAUUUCAUUCGAUGAUAUCCACCAUCAUCAUUCGUAGAAGAAGCAGCAGCCAUUUCGGUCGUAUCGCUCCAAAGUUUGAACGGGAAUCGGUUGAACGGGAUUUCGACUACGACAAUAGCAGCCAUAUUUGAGUGAGAAAAAUAUAUUUCCCAUUUUGUUUGUUUGUUUAUGUGUUUCAUCAAUUUGAUCAAAAUUUUCUCAGCAAUAGCAGCAACAACAAGAAAAAGACAUCCAAUUUUGGGUCAACUUUGGCUUACAUGACAAACAGAACUUUCAACUCUAAAAUCUAAAUCUAUUUCCACUUGAACAUUGCAUAAAAAUCGUUUUCGAUUCCAUAUUUUUGUUGAUGGAAUAAUUUGUUGAUUGCUCAUCAUUGCUAUAUCACAUCAUCAUCAUCAGUAUUAAUCUUCCAGUCGUGAAAGCAUUUUAUUUUUAUUUUUGUCCUAAUCAUUACUUGUUUAUCGGAUAAAAUACAUAGCGCAUAGCGUUUGUGCUAUGCCCAUUCAAGCGAUACAAUAUAAAAUUCGUCAUCUUAAACGACACGAAAUUGAACAGCUAUUGCAACUAUGCAAAGCCGAAGGACGUCAUAUGGGUACAGUGGCCGAAGUAGAAUCCUGGAUGCAAAUCGAUCCAAAUGGGUUUUUUGUGGCUGUCAACGAAAAAGAUCAUCGAAUAAUUGGCAGCUGCUGUGGAAUGUGUUUAUCGAAAACUCAUGGCUAUGUAGGAAUGUAUGUGGUGAGCAAAGAAUAUCGUGGCCUAGGUAUCGGCAAACAAGUAUGGUCAGCUGCAAUCAAUCACCUAGGAACAAGAAAUCAAGGUCUAAGUGCUGUUUCUCACCUGUUCACACUGUACCGGGAUAAGGCUGGCUUUUCGCAGGUUGCAGAUUGGACUGUUGACCUUUAUCGUUUGGAUUAUAUGGAACGAAUGAUUUUGAUCCAUUGUAAUAAACAUCAACAAAUUAAAAGAAGAAAAUAUGAAAAACGACAAAAAGCCGGUAAUAAUCUGAUGACGACGGUCACUGUUCAUGAUGACGGUAACGGUGAUGGUUCGACAACAACAACAACAACAACAACAACGUCGACUACUACUACAACGACUACUAAAUAUCAAUUCGAUGAUGAAGAUAAACGUCGACGACAUGAAUAUGCUGAAAUCAUAUCAUCGUUGACAACCAAAGAAUGUGUAUUCUGCUGUCUAGGACAUCAAUACAAAAGUAAAGAACGAAAGUAUUUACGCCAAAAACGUAUGAUGGUCAGCAUGAAUAGUAAAUCGAAUGUUGAAUUCAGUGAUGAUGAAUCGUAUGGAUUCUCAUCGCUAUUCUUUGGCGAUGGUGAAACUGAUAAUGGCAAUGACGGCAACGGUAAUGAUUCGGUGGCCAAAGAAAAUGUGAUUGAUCCAUCGACAGCAACUACACCGGCGAAAUUGAAAAAAUCAAAUAAUUUUGGCUUUGCCGAUUCUAUACAGUUAGAAUCGCUGGAAUUUUUAUUCAAAAUUCGUUUCUGCAAAUGUAUUCGUUGUCAUGGUGGCAAAAUGCGUACAGUCAUAUUGAACGCCCAAGAUGAACAACUUGAUUGAAAAGUGGUUGAAUAUGAUCAACGUUUACAUCAAUAUGAUCGAUCACGAAUCGUAGCAUUAACAUUGAUGGAAAAGAACUGUAUCAGUCGUAUCGCUAUGCUUGGUCACGCCGUUGUUGGUUAUGGUUGUGUGAAGCCAUCACUGCAGAACAUGUGGAUAAUGUGUCCAUUGUAUGCUGACAAUGAAUAUGUUGCACGUAUGUUGAUGAUCGAUUUGAUUAGCGAUCUAAUCUUAAUCAGUCAAUCAUCGACAAAUCUUUUCAGCAACAAUACAAUCACACCAAGUGUUGUGUUGAAAGCGCCUAGCAAUAAUCAUCAUGCAUGUCGCAUACUAAAAGAAUUGGGAUUUGUCAAACAAGAUUAUUCAUUGAAACGUUGUUACACUAAACAAGUGGUCCAAGUGCCCACACAAUUCAUCUAUGCCCUACAUACAUCGGUGUUUUGUACCGAAUAAUUCUCAUUGAAACGCCCAACCAAUCCCACCUCUCUCCGAACACAAAUCUAUCAUAAUUAUUCAAAACAUCAUCAUCAAUUUUUAUUCAAAUCAAACACGAUUAAUGAAACAAAUGUGCACACCAACAAAAUACAAAUCCAAAAUAAAAACGCCCACAACAAUUCAUCAUUACAAGCACACUCACACACACACACACACAAGAACACAUCUACCACUGGCUUUCAAUUGGAAUUUUGCUUUUCCCACAUUUCUUGAUCAAUUUUUCUAUUAUUCCGAUUUGAAUAAUUUUUCGUGGUUGAUAUUGA